AUGAUUUUGGAUGGCUAUAGUAUAAUAUUUUUCUUUACCAUUAUAAUUAUUAUAAUAAUUAGCUUUUUCUUGAUAGCCAUUCGCCAAUCAACAAGAGCGGGAAAUAGUAUUUUGAGAAAACAAAUCGAUACAAGAAUUGGAAUUGGUUGUACAAAGAAUAUUAGAGAAUCUAUUAAAAAGAAAAUUUCUGAUGUUCAAUAUUUUAGAAAUAUUUAUAAUCCAAAAUUUACAGAUUGUACAGUUAUUGCAGAUCAUGCAAAUAAACCUUAUGUAUAUAGGUUAAUUGCUUUUGAUGAAAUUUUUCAUGACAUAGAUCGCCAGUUAUAUUGUAUAAAUCCAGAGUUAAUUCGCCUUGACUCUGAAUCAACAUUAUCCUUCCUUAAAAGAUUACAAAAGGCAGCAACAUCAGUCCUUGAAACAGAGUUAAUAGAAAAAAUUAGUGUUAUGCAUGAAUGGUGUAGACAUUGGACAUAUCCUAAUUUUGGAGAGGAACAAUUGCAGGAGUUACGUUGUUUGUUAAAAGCAUUUGUCAAAUGGUUAAAUGAAAAUCAAAAAGAAUUGUCAGAGAUUCGUUUUUUAUCUGGAUCUCUAGAUUCCCGACAAUCACAUUAUAAUAUUUUCAAGAAAUUUAUUAAAAAAAAAGGAAAUAAUGAUGGUAAAAGUACAGGAGUUUCAUUACAUAAUGAUUUAUUAGAAGCCUUCCGAAAUGAUAAUUCUGAACAGGAAAAUUAUUAUAUUGAUACUACUACAACAGUCCUAAAUAGAAAAGAAACAAGAACAGAAAAUAAGGAAGAAAUGGUUAGGUUGAUAUCUUCUUAG